ACCAAGUCCGCAUUUGCCCAGUUGAGCGAACCACGUUAUUCCCCAUUACAUACCCUUCUACAUUUUUACCUUGCCUGCCACUGUCUGGGUCUCUUCUUCCUGUUCUACUCUUCUCCAUGUAGGACCCUGGCCCUUAUCAUACCUUCCUAACACCAUAUAUCAUCCGGAAACAGGUAGACUACGGAUAUCACGCCUCGUGCCUAUUCCUAUAUUUUACAAAGUUAAAACCUUGAUUAUUUCCACUUACCAUCUAUGUCUUUUUUCAAUGUCUCGUGGGCUUGUGUCCCCAAGGGUGUGGAACUGGUACGGCAGGGGUCAGGAAAUCAAUCAUCACCGAAUUGUCUUACCGCUUGCGUUCCAAUUCCGUUCCAAUCAGACCAUAUUUAUCGCCCACAGGCCCCCCCACACACGGCAUCUGUCUGUCCACGGGAUGUUCGUGGCGUCAUCCUAUCUCCAGGCUUGUGGCUGGUGGGACCAUCAGUCGAGACUGCAUUCUGCAGUUGCCUUCGGGCGAAUUUCCGAAUUCUCCUUUGUCGACUUUGCUCGUCGCUUCGCCGGACUCGGUCAUGUUUGCUCAUCGAUCACGAUAUAUGGACGUCUGCAAACAGAGACAUCUCCCCAAAUUCUUUGGCCACUGGGCUCAUACAAUCUAUCCCCUGCCAAGGCUACCAUGGGAGCUACCUUCUCCUGCGAGCGGUACCCCGAUCCUGAUGAAAUAAACUCCACUGUCACCGCAGCCAUUCAGAUUCUCACUUACGACGGGACAUUGCCGCGCUCCGGUACCUUUCCCUCCCCCACUUCUGAUGGAAUCUUUGGGAUAGACCUCGAAGCUGUCAUUAUCCCGUGCAUCUCGUACUCGGAUGGCGCAGAGAAUGUUCUGGAUACUCUUCUCGCCAUAGCGCCCUAUACGCAAGUGCGUCCCGAGGAAUUGAAACUGUUCUUGAUUCUUCCAUAUGAUAAACUCGGGUCGAAUGCCCGCCGUAUUUGGAUCGGGCGUUUCCUCGCGUUUUCCAUUUAUGUCGGGAUACGAAUUAUUUGA